GUGUGCAUUACAGAGCAACAGCGCAUUAGAAUGGCGAUUAACUGACCUGUACUAUAAGCUGUUUAAUGUGCAUUAUCCCGUUCAAUUUCGAGCAUCCAGUAAUAUAAUCACACAUGUCUUGUGGAGUGCUUUCAGAGUGCAUUUGUUUGUCAUUUUAACUGUUUGGAAACGGAGCGUAAAUGUGGAAGUCAUUCGGAGAUUUCUUAUACUGUUGCGCCCUCUAUAGGACCAGCGACUAGUCGACGUCAAGCUUAAAGCGUCAUGGCAGAGCAUUAAAGUCGACUAGUUGAUUAGUUGGUGCAACUCCUAGUGUGACCGCGGCUUAUUAGGCUGCUGUUGUAAUAGCUAUAAAGAUUAAGUUACGUUAUCGCUACCCUUUGCAAAAUGCUCCUCAGUCCCGACCUUAACAUUUGUUUCAGUAAGGUAUUACUCUGACAUGAAGUCGAUUUGAGAACUGUUCGACCUACAAGUAAAGUAUACACAUACAAUAAUGUACAGUAGCCUAAUAUUAAUAUCACUCAGCUCAUGUGGAGGCAGCGCUAAGCCAUAGCUAAGUGUCAGCGUGUAACAGCCUGUUUCAAGACAGAGAAACACCUUGCAUUUAGCCCGUCAGCUGCUUCAAAAAUCUGAGUGCUGAAAUGAAGAUUUACAGUGGUUUAUUUGCCCUGACUAAGUUCAUGUAACAUUUUAACAACAAUCCUUGUUGAUUGUAGACCGUAGUUGUGGCUCAAAGGUCUUUGAAUCAUAUAAAGGUGUUUAUCCUUGAAUGGUGCACUGCAAAAAAUGAUUUCCUACUUAGAGUUUUUGUCUCGUUUCUAGUCCAAAUAUCUAAAAAUUCUUAAAUCAAGAAGCAUUUAAGUAAAAAUUAUUGUCUUGUUUUCAGAAAAAAAUAAGUCAAAAUUAAGUGAGUUUUUCCUUAAAACAAGCAAAAUAAUCUGCCAAUGGGGUAAACAAAACAAUCCUAUUUCAAACCAAAAACAAGAUUAUUUUUACUUUUGACUUAGGCUAUUUUUUUCUGGGGUAGUUUGGGGUUAGUUUGGUUUGUCACCUUUUUCACCGCUGACGAGUUUGACUUUGCAGCCCUGAAUAUUAAAAAUACAGUGUUGGUAGCAUAAUCUGGUACCAAGACUGAAACCCACGACCUUCAGGUUACAAGUCAGACUCUCUAACCAUCAGGCCACGACUGCCCCUGACUUGUCAUGUUUUUUUGUGGCAAAAACAUGGAAAUAAUUUGGUAUUUUUAUGAUGUUGUUUAUACUGUAUUGAUUUGCUUGGUCAUUGUCAUUGUGGGUUUUGGUUCUUUUGUUGUUGUAAAUACCUUGGAAUAAAUGAAAUAAUUUGGCGAAGUGAUGUGGACAUGUAACGCGGUCGAGACCAGCCUGUACCAUGCGUUUCCCUGAAAGUAAUUGCACACCUUAGAACAAAACGAAAAUCCUGACAUUUUUAGGCAAUGUAGGAAUCCCAUCAAGGAAAAAGAGGACGUAUGGUCACCCUGGCACAAUAUACAUAAUAUAGGCUAAAAGUAACAUCAGGUCAAAGGCAGUAUGUGAAAAGUGUAUCUUUCUGGUCUCAGAAAGUCAAUCCAAUCCAAAGAUUGUUUCUCAAACUAUAGAAUUAAUAAACCUAGCAAAUAAAAUUUUGGAAAAAAUAAAAUACAUCCAAACUUCCGCAUAUCUCAGACUGAAGUGAUUUGGUACUCUGAGCUUUAAAGCACUACAAGAGAAGCAAACAAUAAUAAAAUAUAAUGAGGUCUUAAACGUGAUACAUGUGAUGGCAAUAGCUAUUCUACUCAGAAACGUGACAAGAUAAAGGCCAUAAAACUGUCUUUUAUAAGAAGCACUGACUGGAUCUCACAGCACUGAGAGAAACACAGGUGAAGAGUCAGCACAGACCAACAAGAUCAACACUGAAAGUAAUUCUUUGGAGAUUUUUGACAAGAUGAGAAAAUUCCUCUUGCUGGUUCUCACCAUAACAGCUUCUGUAGCUUUUGCCAGUCCACCAGUUCAGGAUGAGAAGCUUCCUGAUCCAGUGGUGAAGGUGCCAGAGGUUGAAAAAGAACCGACAGUAGAGCAAACAAAAGCAGAAGCAGGUCCUCUGGUGCAGGAUGAAGCUGUUGCAGAUUCACGUCUGGUGGAGCCUGACUCAGUGCUGCUGGAGCCAGAAACAACAGAGGAACAAAGAGUACCAGAAGAGACACAAGUGAUGUUGGAGAAACCUGUGCUAGAGGCAGAUUACCUGACUGAAGAGACGCCAGAGACAGAACUAGAGCCUGAGCCAGAAAUAACUGUCAUUCAGACGGACAGAAACAUCGUACCUGUGGAGGAAGCUGUAGAAGAGUUAGAGUCUGAAACUAAUAUAGAAGUGGAAGAUGAAGAAGAAGAAAAUGUAGUAAAGGAGGAGCCUACACUUGAGGCUGACUAUAUAACAGCUGAAGAUCCAGAAAUACAAAUGGAACCUGGGAGGGAAAGACGAAGGACACAGAUUGAGCGGUGGACUUGUGGAGGAGUUGUCCUACAGGGCAAAUGUUACCAGUUCUUCACAAUACACCUCAAUGCCUAUCAAGCUGAGUUCCACUGUCAGUCCAUCUGCCAUAAUGGCCACCUGGCCUCUGUGACAAACAACUACAUUCUUGGCGAAAUAGGGAAGCUAAUGGAUCGGAAUGGCGGCCGAACUCGCGCAUGGCUUGGAGGAUGGAGAAUCUUUAAUACACGUAAUUUCAUAUGGUUGGAUGGAACGCCGUGGAGCUAUAACGGCUGGGCUGCUGGAGAACCCAAUAAUGCUGGUGGGCAGGAGAACUGUGUAGAGACAUGGUAUAAUCUGGCGUUCAAUGAUGUACGAUGCACAAUACUCAAACCGUUCAUCUGUUCCUGUCCACUUUAGACAGCCAGGAGGUUAACCCAACCUGAUAUAUAUAGUAACUUUGAUGAAAUAAGUGUAAAUAAUUAUUGCAGUUUUUAAAGAUUAAUAAAGUUAUCAACUGAUGUUUUAUUUUAUUAAACACCUUUAUUUUACUGAUGUUUCAUUUAGUUUGGAUAAUAUAGCAUUAAAUUGUUGUAAGUAAUUUAAUUGUUUACUAGCUAAAACCAUCCU